AUGGCCAUCCGCGUAGGAGUACUUACAAUCAGCGAGACCGCGUCCGCCGACGCGUCCAAGGACAAGUCGGGGCCUACCAUUCGCGACAUUCUUACUACGCAGGGCUUCGAGUGUACCAAAUAUGCUGUAGUGCCCGACGACGAGGGCAAGGUACGCAGUACUGUGCUCGGCUGGUGCACGGAGGGAGAGGCGGACUGGGUGAUUACGACUGGUGGUACUGGUUUUGGCGUGCGGGACAGGACGCCCGAGGCCAUCUCACCUCUGCUCGAGCGCCACGCCCCCGGCCUCGUCCACCUGAUGCUCUCCCGCUCGCUCACGCACACGCCCCUCGCCGCGCUCGCGCGCCCCGUCGCCGGCACGAUCGGCGCCGCGCUCGUCACGACUCUCCCCGGGUCUGUCAAGGCCGUGAAGGAGAACCUUGCGGCGCUGCUCGAGGGGGGCGUCGUGCAGCACGCAGUCGAGCUCGUGCGCGGCGGCAGCGGGCGGGCGGUGCAUAGCGAGCUGGCGAGGGCGGGGACGAGUGCGUUCGCUGGGGAGGGGCAUCAUCAUCAUCACCGCCACCAUCGCCACCAUGACCAUACGCCGCCCGUGCCCAGGAGCGUGUUGUCGCAUGAUCCGACGCUGCCUGCGUCCGCGCGGCACCGUGAAUCGCCCUUCCCUAUCAUACCGCUCUCCGAUGCCCUCAAGCUCGUUAUGGAGAACAUAACCCCUCUGGGGACCUUCCAAGCCAAGGUGAAUCCAGCGCUGAAAGGACACGUCCUGGCCGAAGACGUCUACGCGACACAAAACGUGCCCUCGACAUAUACGACAAGCGUAGACGGCUACGCCCUCCGCUCCACCGACCCCCCAGGCGUCUACCCCGUCCUCACGUCCUCCACGCACCCCUACACCGCCCCCCUCCCGCCCAACACCCUCUACCGCAUCAACACCGGCGGGCCGCUCCCGCCCGGCGCAGACGCGGUCAUCAUGGUCGAGGACACGCGGUUGGUGAGCACAGCAGAUACGGAGGAGAAGGAGGAGAAGGAGGUGGAGACGCUCGUGAGCGUGCCGACAGGCGAGAAUGUCAGAGCGCCGGGGAGCGAUGUGCGGGAGGGGGAGAGGGUGCUUGCGCGCGGGACGGUGGUCAAGAGCGGCGGGGGCGAGGUGGGGACGCUCGCGUUUGUCGGGCGGGAGCAGGUGGAGGUGUACAAGAAAUCCAAGGUGGCAAUAUUGAGCACGGGGAACGAGAUCGUGGACAUCCAAUCCACACGGCGGCAAGGCCAGGGUGACAGCAGCGAGUGGGGCGGGAUAUGGGAUACCAACCGGCCGUCAUUACAAGCUGCGCUAGAGGGCAUGGGGUAUGAGGUAGUAGACCUCGGUAUCGUCUCGGACGACAUCCCCGCCCACAAGGCCGCCAUCUCCCGCGGCCUCGCCAGCGCGGACAUCCUGCUCACGACGGGCGGCACGUCCAUGGGCCCGACGGACCUGCUCAAGCCCGUCGUCGAGCGCGAGUUCGGGGGGACGAUCCACUUCGGGCGCGUCGCGGUCAAGCCGGGGAAGCCGACGACGUUCGCGACCAUCGAGGACGGGGGCAGGCGCAAGCCGGUGUUCGCGCUCCCCGGGAACCCGGCGAGCGCGCUGGUGUGCUUUUAUGUGUUUGUCGUGCCGGCGCUGAGAAGGCUCGGCGGGUGGGAGGCGGGGAGGUGUCAUUUGCCGAGGGUGAAAGUCCAGAUCCAGUCUCCGAUGCGCUUGGACCCGCGGCCGGAGUUCCACCGCGUGGUGAUCAAGAGCGCCGUUGACGAGGGCCAGGGCAGGCUGAAGGCGUACAGCACGGGCGGGCAGCGCUCCAGCCGCAUGUCGAGCCUGAGCGGGGCGAAUGGGCUCGUUGCGCUACCUGCCGGGCAGGGGGAGAUGAAGGAGGGGGAGUGGGUGGAGGCGAUUUUUGUGCUAACAUUGACUCAGACUAGUGCUGCAUAG